CAGGUUUCACCGGUAGUGACGUCACCAGACUUCCGCUUUCAGGGCUUGUGUUGACAUUUUUGAUGCUAAGCUAACGCUAAUGCUAACGAAAUGGCUGAAAUAGACAUCGGGAAACACUGUCAGGUUGAAUCCUGCAACUUAAAAGACUUUCUCCCCUUUGUUUGUGAUUCCUGCAGGGGUGUUUACUGUCUUGAGCACAGAAGCAGGGAGGCCCACGUAUGCCCAGAGAAGCCAGUGACAAAGGAGUUGGCGACUGUAGGUGGCAGCAAAAGCUACCCCUGUUCGUUUGAAGAUUGCAAAGGAAAGGAACUGCUGGAAGUUAUUUGUCCACAAUGUGAAAAGCACUUCUGUUUAGCNCAUCGUCAUCAAGAUGAUCAUAAAUGUGAGAAGCUGGAAGUUCAGAAGCCUCGGAUGGCAGCCACCAAAGAACUGGUGCAAAAGAUUGUAGAGUCAAAGGAUACUUCCAAAAGCAAAGGCCGCAGAGGAGCAAAGAAUGCUGCCACUGCAGCAAAGGUAGCACUGAUGAAACUGAAGCUGCAUGCUACAGGAGACAAAGGACUGCCUCAGACAGAGAGAACAUAUUUUCAGGUUUAUCUUCCUAAAGAGUCUAAGGACUGCAGCCAGCCCAUGUUCUUCAGUUCCAAAUGGAGUGUGGGGAAAGUGGUGGAUUAUGCAGCUUCUAUAGCUGGUCUUAAGAACAGCAAUAAUGUUCUGACAGCUAAGAAGCUGAGACUCUGCCAUCCUCAAACAGGUGAAGCUCUUCGGAUGGAUGACACACUGAUCUUGCUACUGUCUCACCCAGACACUCCUAUAUACAAUGGGGGUAAUGUGAUCCUGGAGUACCUGGAUAAUGAGAGCACAGGCUUGAAGGACAUUUCAGACUAUAUUACUUAGAUCUGAUCCGUUUACACUGUCUAGUGUAAUUUAGUGAUUGAAUACUUUGUAUUUAUGUCAAUAAAUGUUUCUUUCAAAA